AAGCGCCGUUAUAAUCGGAUUCUACUGUACAUGCACUUGAAUUCUUUAUUAAGAGUUUCAUUGAUUCUGUUACGAGCACAGCUGAAACUCGACCUUCCAUAGAGCAGCUGCUCCUCUGCCUCACAAACUGCAUACAAGAGUCAACAUACCCCGCACAGCUGUGCACAUAGGAGAACAAAACAGCUAAGCAGCAACCAUCCAGCUAUUAGCCACUUGGCCAGAACAGCAGCCCCUGCGAGUGCAUUCGAGUGCAACGAGCUGCACUAUGCGGGCGCACUAGCCUUUAACUUAGUUAGUUAGCUUAGCUUAGUUGCCCGAGCAGAGCGCUGCUGCAUAGAACUAUAAGCGGAAUGUCUAAAGUUUUACUGUUCAUAUCCUGCCUGCUGGCUGUGGGAUGGGCGCAUGGGCUGCCGCCGGCGGUGCAGCUGGGUGGUGCAAUUGUCGCAGCUGUCGAACAGGAUGCGGAGCAGCAGGAAGAGGAGCUGGCAGCAGCAGCCACAGUCACGGAGCAGCGCUGGCUGCAGUCAGCAGAGCAGCAGCUGGAGCGAGUGCUCAGCGGCGAGCUGAGUGGCCAGCAGUUGAGCCAGUUGCUGGGCAAUUGGUCAGCCGAAGCUCGCGGCAAGCAUCACAAACACAAGAAGCUGAUGAAGAUGCUCUUUCCGCUGGUGAGCGCGGCGGUGCUGGCCAAGUUUAUAUUGCUGCCCUUGAUCUUGAAAUGGCUAACGGCGCUCUCGGCCUCAUCAUUUGUCAUGGGCAAAAUAGCGCUGGCUGCCGCCGGCCUGCUGGCCUUGAAGUCCAUGAUGAGUCCAACGCACGAACGUCUGGAAAUUGUGCACGCCUCGGCGCCAACAAUCAAGAGCUACCAUGGCGAUCUGUCCUCGAGCGGCAGCAGCUGGAUACCACUUAGACAGCACUACAUACCGCUGGGCGUGGCCAAGGACUCGUAUCGUUACGAUAAUAAGCCCUUCCUAUAGAGACUAGAUCUGUUUUAGUGUUACUCUCUGUGUUAGUCUUAGCCAAUAAUAGGCCAAUGGUAAUAAA